CGCCCCUUCUCUGUUGCUUGUGCCUAGUCUUAGUCAGGUGUCUGUGGUACAGCGACGUCAACUAUCCUUUUGGGAAACUGAUUUAACUUUGUGUCCGGACACACGCAGCCAAGGCCAUGCUCAGACGGAUAUUACAAAUGACCCCUGGGAAAGCAGGCUCCCAGAAUGCAGAGUCAGAGCAACCCAGCACGGACGUUAACCAUGACCAAACCUCUGAGGGCUUCAUCUGUCCUCAGUGCAUGAAGUCCCAUAGCUCUGCAGAGGAGUUGUUCAAGCACUAUGAGUUGUUCCAUGACACCGGAGAUCUCCCUGCUCAUGUGGCCCCUACAAGGGAGGACCUUACAAUGUUACGGCAGGAGGUGCAAGACCUUCAUACCUCGCUUAAGGAAGAAAGAUGGUUCUCUGGUGAGCUGAAAAAAGAGUUAGACAAAGUCCAAGGACACCUGAAGCAAAAUGAUGGACAGAUGAGCUCAGAGGAUUCAGUAUUAGAAAUGAAAUUGAAUGAAUCAGAGACAGAAAAGUUCAACAUUAAACAGAUGAAAGACCUUUUUGAGCAGAAGGCUGCCCAGCUGGCCACAGAGAUAGUAGACAUAAAGUCCCGCUAUGAUGAAGAGAAAAGUUUAAGGGAAGCUGCUGAGCAGAAGCUUUCUAAACUAACUGAACAGCUGCAGCGAGAGAAGGAGGAGACAGAGAGACUACAGACUGAACUGCUGCAGCGUCCAGGAGUGGAGGAUGUUGAGGUGCUGCAGAAGGAGCUUGUGCAGGUACAGACACUGAUGGACAGUAUGACCCGCGAGAGGGAAGAGGAGUCAGAGCGGCUCAGAAACCAUUAUGAGAAACUACAGGCUAAUUUCACUACCUCAGAGAUGACCAUAUCCCAACUGAAAGCGGAGCUGGAGAAGGGUCCACAGGAAGCAGCCGUCUAUACACAACAGAUCCACCAGCUACAGAGUGACCUGAAUAACAUCCAACAGCAAAGCCAGAGUCUUUCUGAAAAGCUAGCACAUAAAGAGCAGAAGUAUCAGGAGCUAGAGGAGAAAGUAAGGACUGAAACAGCUGCCAAAAAGGCAGGUCAAGAAAGCCUGAGAGAAAAAGAGCAAGUGAUCCUGGAGCUGAAGGCCCGAGCCACCAGGGCAGAGGAGUCCCUGCAGAAGGCCCAUGCGGAGUUUGGAGAGAAAGCUGAAGAGGUGUCCAAAUUGAAGGGUGAGAUUACAGAGCUGGAGGUGAAGCACGCAGAAAUGAAGGUUGAACGGAAGCAGUUGGAACAGCAGAGGGAAGAGAAGGACAGUCAAGGUGCUCAGCAGCAGACUGAAAUCAGUCAGCUGCAUUCAAAACUACUGGAGGCAGAGAGACAAGUGGGUGAACUCCAAGGUCGUCUGAAAGAACAGAGGCAGCUGUCUGGGGAGAAACUGAAGGACCGAGAGCAGCAAGCAGCUGACCUUCAGCUCAAACUCUCCCGUGCUGAAGAACAGAUGAAGGAAAGUGCCAGUAAGACCACAGACCUGCAGCACCAGCUGGAGAAAUCCAAGCAGCAACACCAGGAGCUGCAGGCACUACAACAAAAUACCAAUGGCAAACUGCGCGAGUCUCAGAAUGACCUUGAGCAAGUGUUACGCCAGAUUGGAGAUAAGGACCAGAAGAUUCAAAACCUGGAGGCUCUGCUGCAGAAGAGUAAGGACAUUGUGAGCCAACUGGAAGCUGAAAGAGAAGACUUGUGUGCCAAGAUCCAAGCUGGGGAGGGAGAGACUGCUGUGCUUAACCAACUCAAAGAGAAAACCCACACACUACAAGAACAGGUAUCCCAGUUGACAGACAAGCUGAAGAACCAAUCAGAGAGCAACAAGCAAGCCCAGGAUAACCUCCACAAACAAGUUCAGGAGCAGAAAAGUCUCCUGCGUUCUUCACAGGAUCGGGCCCACACACUGGAGACUUCUGUCACUGAGCUCACUGCUCAGCUCACAGACAGCAAGGAGAAGGUGACCCAGUUGGACUCCCAGCUAAAGGCAAAAACAGAGAUGUUGCUGUCUACAGAAGCAGCCAAGGCUGCACAGAAGGCCAACCUGGAGAACAACCUAGAGUCUGCUCAACAUGCACUUCAAGACAAGCAGCAGGAGCUGAAUCAAGCUCAGAAAAAUAUGGAAGAGCAGACACAAAGGAUCAAGGAAAGGCAGGAGCAGUGCACCCAGGUGGAAGCCUCUCUGAAGGAGCACAAAGAAAAACUUCUGGCCUCAGAGCAGCACGCAGAGAGGCUGGAAGGGCUCAAUAAGAAAUUGGAGACACAGGUGAGGGAGGUGCAGGCCGCAAGAGACCAGGCACUGCAAGAACUACAGAAUCUGCAGAAGGAAGCAUCAGAGGUUAAAGAGAAAGCUAAGGAGCUGCAGCACUUGCUGAACAAUGAAAAAGCAGGAAAUGUCACACUUCAAGAGGAAAUAAAGACAAAGACCUCCUCUUUGAGUGAAAGCCAGAAACAGUUGGCAUGCUAUGAGCAGGAGAAAGCUGCCCUGAAGCUGAAUGUGCUCAAGCUGACCCAAGAAGGGAAGGCUCAACAUGUAGAGAUGGACAAGAGGGCACAGGGCCUGGCUGCAGACUUACAGAAGGCCCAGCAGGAGAAAGAGACUCACAGGAAGGAACUGGUCUCCUCUCAGGAAAGUCUUGGCAAGACCAGAAAAGCCCUGAAGGAAUUUCAGAGUCAGCUGGACACUGAGAGAAAGAAUCAUAAGGCAGCCAUGGAGGAAAAGGACAAGUCAAGCGAGAAGGCCAAACAAGAACUUGUGAGGGAAAACGAAAGCAUCACAAAGUCAUUGAAAGAUUCCAAAGAGCUGCUUGAGCAGAUGAGACAGGGAGAGAAGGAGCUGAAAGGGCGGUUGGCGUCGCUGGAGCAGAAGCACUCAAAGACUCAGGAGGUGCUGAGGGAGAAGGACCAAAGCUUGGAGAAGCUGCAGGGCCAACUCAAAACAACACGGGCAAACUUUGAGGAAGAGAUGAAGAAAGUGAAGGGACAAGCGGCUGAGCUGCAGGAAGUCAAUGUUAAGAAAGUGGAGGAAGAGCGCCAGCUCAAGGAGCAGGUGUCAAAGGUCAGCCUGCAGCUGACGUCUGAGAGGAGCAGGACAGAAGAGCUGCAGAAGGCCUUGGAGCAAAGUCAAGAGGGCCUCACUAAGCUCCAGUCUGACCUAUAUGGCAAAGAGUCUGAGGUGUCAGCACUACGUCAAGACCUCAGAGUCACUGAGGACAAGCUACAUGUCAACCAGGAGGAGCUGGCAGCUAACCAGACCCAUCAGACCGUUUUGGAGACUCAGAUCCAGGAGCUAAUGAAGAGUCAUGGUUCUUUGGAGAAGGAACUUGGCAGUCGAGAUCAACUUCUUCAGCAGCAGGAAAAGGCCUUGAAAGCUCUCCAGAAGCAACAGGUUCAAGUUAAGGAAGACCUGGAGAAGGAGAGGACCAAAAUGGAGGAGCUGCUUAAACUCAAGAGUAACCUGGAAAAGAAUAAUGCCAGGAUGACAUCAGAGAUGAAAUCACUAACAGAGAAGAGUGACAAGGAGCUGCGUGAGUUGCAGGAAGCCAAGCUGCUGUUGAUCCAGCAGAAACUGGAGCUGCAGGGCCAGGUGGAGGUUGCACGAGGUGCCCUCCAACAGGAACAGAAAGCACACCAGGCCGCCAGGGACGGCAGGAGCCAGAGAGAAGAGCAGCUCCUUGCCAAAACCAAGGAGCUCCAGGAUCAACUGGCGGCUGAAAAGCAAACCAAAGAUGAGCAGGUGAAGCGCGUAGAGGAAGUGGAGGCUAAGCUGGGCGUCCAGGUGACGGCUCUGAACGAAAAUGUGGCCACGCUGAAGAGAGAGUGGCAAGGCAGCCAGCGACGAGUCUCCGAGCUCGACAAGCAGACGGACGAGCUCCGGGGAGAGAUCGCUGUGCUGGAGGCCACCGUGCAACACAACCAGGAUGAGAGACGCGCUCUUUUGGAGCGGUGCGUGACGGGCGAAGGCGAGAUCGAGAAGCUCCAGGCCAAGGUGGUAGAAACGAGGCGGAAGCUUGACGACACGAUGGCGGCCAUGCAGGAGCUGGGCCGAGAGAACCAGUCUCUCCAGAUCAAGCAGACCCAGAGUCUGACCAGGAAGUGGGCCGAGGAUCAUGAGGUGCAGAACUGCAUGGCGUGUGGGAAAGGCUUCACCGUUACAGUCAGGAAGCACCACUGCAGACACUGUGGAAACAUUUUCUGCGCCGAGUGUUCGUCAAGGAACGCCCUGACGCCGUCCUCUAAAAAGGCAGUGCGGGUGUGUGAGACGUGCUUCGAAGAGCUCCAAGGUUGACUUCACUCUUCUUCUCACCCUCGUCUCAAGGACAAACUAAGGCUGUCUUUCUCACAUCAAAUGUGCACACUCGAGGGACAGACCCUGUGCGUCCACUCUCACUCACAUGUGACUUCCUGGUGCGGCACGGAGCGUUGGUGAGCUUCCACAAGAGAGAACUGGCAACGGAUAGAAAAAUGGCCUUCAAUUGGUGACUCAGUGAGAAUUGUGUUUCGUUGUGCCUUUGCUCAUCCUGUGAACCGCCACAAGGUGGCGACAGAGGAAAACUCCCCACCCCCACACGGCUUAGUUUUUUUGUUCAUCUGUUGCAGCAGCUGUGUUGUACUUUGUCGAAGUCAGUGGGACAUUGAAGGAGGGACAUAUUGGAACAGUGGUCUGCCCCGCAAAUGUAAAUGCAAGUAACUGUUUUAUUUAUGACAACCACAUCUAACUAGCACUAAUUGUUGGCAAAGCAUUUCCUGAAUAUACAUGGUAAACCAUAAAGAAAUGUCAAGAACACAUAUUUCAACAAUAAAAUGUUUUUGUUGUACUGCACAGUACAUCUUUCCAACGCUGAUGUACACAGAACACACACGUUUGACGUGAGGGGUGCAGUGUGUAGAAAUGUGACAUCUCCCGGGGGGAUCCCAAUGGGAUUUUUUUUUUCUCCAAUGGGGCCCUUGGCAGCCCCCCCCCCUUUGACAUUAUAUAUCCUGACCAAAGAAUGUCUGGCAAGGAGAGAGAAACGUUUCAUAUUCCAGUAUUUUAUCAAAACAUUUUGAGUUUUAAAUCUACAUUACUUUAAUCUACACACAUAGACAUGACAGACUGUUAAUGCAGUCAUUAAAUGUACUUGCAUGUUGAUUUCUUUUCUUGUUAAUUCAUUUACUACUGUUGGACCUUAUGUGCGUGUGUUGUGCUUUAUAGCAAUAAUUGGUUGUGUGUGUGUGUGUAAUAUAGGCCUGUUGUCUUGUGCUGUCAAGAUGCACAUUGUAAAACCACCUGCCAGAACUUCAGCGCUGCCUUCAAGUGUCGUGGUUGUUUUCGCUAUCAUACAGCUGUGUCAUGCAGCUUGUUUAUGAUUUAUGACUGCAGUUGUCAAAUAUGAUUACAAGUCUCUUAUUUUAGUGCCGUCUAAGCAAUGAAGCAGGCGCAAACAAAAGAAAACCAUGUUAGACUUCUGCUCUCUAAACUUUGUCCUUAUAAAGAAUGUCCAUCUCAGCUUCAUGACUCCUCAUGAAUUGUCUACCUCAGAUUGGCAGAAAGACUUUCAACCUUAAAUACGUUCGUCAUGCUCUGCAGUGCAAUCAGAAAAAGACACCUUAAUCACUUGAGAGCCCACCUUGUCAUGUAGGAUCACUGAGGUUGUACAGGUUUCAACAUUGUAGUCCAACGUAUAUUUAAAAUGCUUCUAAUACUAAGGCUGACAAUUACCUUUAAAUGUUUUGACAAGAUAUGUAACAUUUGUGUUUAUUCACCAUUUGUCAUUUUUUUUACAGCAUGCCACCACCACAGACCUGUUGUCACUGAAUUUUAUUUUUUUACCGUCUGUCCGCAAUCAUGCAUGGUUGUUUGCAGUGGUCCCGUUUGGUGGCUGUGAAGGUGUUGCCUUCAUGCACUGUGUGUUACCUCUGCCAGGGUGAUCUAUAUGUGAUCAAUGUCGAGAAAAAAUUAUCCAUGCGCACUUGAAUCUGUUCAUUUUCUAAAUCAAAUUGACAAACUAAAUAAAACAUUAGUAUGUU